AUCCUACUGUGGUGCGUAAGAAGAGAGAAUGCUGGGGAAAACACUGCUUGCAACAGCAUAGAGCUACAGGCAUAGAACUUACUGAACUCCUGCAAUUCUUCAAAAGGAAAUACCAAAAUAAAGCAGAUGUUGUGUCCUGUACUGUUAUCUCAAGGUUUAGCAAGAGAUUCUGUUACGUGCUUCUUGGCAGCAGGAAUGUAAACUAAUUCUUUCAGCACUGAACUAGAACCUUGACAAGGUUAAAAUUACAGAUUCAAUAUUGCAUAAACAUGGGUGCAUUUUUGGAUAAACCAAAAACUGAAAAACAUAAUGCUCAUGGUGCAGGGAAUGGCUUGCGUUAUGGCCUCAGCAGUAUGCAGGGAUGGAGAGUGGAAAUGGAAGAUGCUCACACAGCUGUUGUAGGUAUUCCCCAUGGCUUAGAGGACUGGUCCUUUUUUGCUGUCUAUGAUGGUCACGCAGGAUCUCGUGUUGCAAAUUACUGCUCCACUCAUUUAUUAGAACACAUCACUAACAAUGAAGACUUUAGGGCGACAGAAAAACCUGGAUCUGCUCUUGAACCUUCAGUGGAAAAUGUCAAGAGUGGAAUCAGAACUGGCUUUUUGAAAAUUGAUGAGUAUAUGCGCAAUUUCGCAGACCUCAGAAAUGGCAUGGACAGAAGUGGCUCAACAGCAGUAGGAGUUAUGAUUUCACCUGAGCAUGUAUACUUUAUCAACUGUGGUGAUUCACGUGCUGUUCUCUAUAGGAAUGGACAAGUCUGUUUUUCAACACAGGAUCACAAACCUUGCAACCCAAGGGAGAAAGAGCGAAUCCAGAAUGCAGGAGGCAGUGUAAUGAUUCAGCGUGUUAAUGGUUCAUUGGCAGUUUCUCGAGCUCUGGGGGACUACGACUACAAAUGUGUUGAUGGUAAAGGCCCUACAGAACAACUUGUUUCUCCAGAGCCUGAGGUGUGUGAAAUUUUAAGGGCAGAAGAAGAUGAGUUUAUCAUCCUGGCUUGUGAUGGAAUCUGGGAUGUAAUGAGCAAUGAAGAGCUCUGUGAAUUUGUAAAGUCUAGACUUGAAGUAUCAAAUGACCUGGAAACAGUGUGCAAUUGGGUAGUGGACACUUGUUUACAUAAGGGGAGUCGUGAUAACAUGAGUAUUGUAUUAGUUUGUUUUUCAAAUGCUCCUAAGGUCUCAGAGGAGGCAGUGAAAAAAGAUGCUGAGUUGGAUAAGUACUUGGAAUCACGGGUUGAAGAAAUUAUGGAAAAAUCGGGUGAAGAAGGAAUGCCUGAUCUUGCUCAUGUUAUUCGUAUUUUAACUGCAGAGAAUAUCCCUAAUUUACCACCAGGAGGUGGUUUAGCUGGCAAGCGUAAUAUUAUUGAAAAUGUGUAUACUAGGCUGAAUCCACACAGAGACAAUGAGGGGGUGCUGUGGCCAGAGUCUCCAGGACAAGAACUUUCAAGUAAAACAGUUGAGGUGAAAGCUAAGAGCUUACCUAUGGAGCUGAGUGAGAAGGGAGGUGUGGAGAAUAAUGGAUUUGUUCAAAAUGAGGCUUUUGAGGACAAGGAGAUGGAUACCAGUAGCCAAGAAGAAAUGUCAAAAAAGUGCAGUGUUGAUGUGGACCUGGUGGUUGUAGAGGACACGGUGCUGAAGCCUUAUGCUGGGAUGCCAAAGGAAGUCUUGCUGCAGUUCUCCAGCCAAGCCCGCUACAGAGUCACCAGGGAGAUCCUCUUCUGGCUCAUAAUUGCUGGUUCUAUGGCGCUUGUGUGCACUACGAUUGCCAUCAUUGCUGUCUCUCCAAAGUGCCUUGACUGGUGGCAAGCUAGUCCUAUUUACCAGAUCUAUCCUCGUUCCUUCAAGGACAGCAACAUGGAUGGGAAUGGGGAUCUGAAAGGUAUCCAAGAAAAACUGGACCAUAUUACAUAUUUGAAUAUAAAAACCAUCUGGAUCACCUCUUUCUUUAAGUCCCCUUUAAAAGACCUUGGAUAUGGAGCUGAAGAUUUCUAUGACAUUGAUCCCAUUUUUGGAUCAAUGAGAGAUUUUGAGAAUCUGAUUGCAGCCAUACAUGACAAAGGGCUAAAGGUGAUAAUGGAUUUAAUACCAAACCACACAAGCGACAAACACCGGUGGUUUCAGCUGAGCCGCAAUCGGACUGGCAAAUACACAGACUACUACAUCUGGCAGGACUGCAUGCAGGCUUCUGGCUCAGUUAUCCCUCCCAACAACUGGGUGAGUGUCUUUGGGAAUUCCAGCUGGCAGUUUGACGAUGUGAGAAAGCAAUGUUAUUUCCAUCAGUUUGGGAAGGAACAGCCAGACUUGAAUUUUCGCAGCCCUGCUGUCCAGCAAGAGAUCCAUGAUAUUAUAAAAUUUUGGCUUGGGAAAGGAGUGGAUGGGUUUAGUUUUGGUGCUGUUAAAUUUCUCUUAGAAGCAACACAUCUCCGAGAUGAGCCUCGAGUGGACAAGUCUCGGAAGGGAGAAAAUAUCACAGCCUAUUCCCAGCUCUACCAUGACUACACCACCACGCAGGUUGGUUUGCAUGAUAUCAUCCGCAGCUUCCGUCACACCAUGAAUGAGUUCAGCAGAGAGCCUGGCAGAUACAGAUUUAUGGGUUCUGAUGAUGAUGAAAAGGAAGACAUUGGAGCAACAAUGAUGUAUUAUGGAACGACUUUUAUCCAAGAAGCAGAUUUUCCCUUCAAUUUCAACCUAAUUAACAUGAAAAAUCUAUCGGGCAACAGUAUUUUUGAAGCUGUCGACUCAUGGAUGAAAAACAUGCCUGCAGGAAAAUGGCCAAACUGGGCAGUUGGAAGCCCUAACGCUGCUCGGAUUUCAACUCGGAUUGGGAAGGAGUACAUCAAUGUCAUGAACAUGCUGCUUUUAACCCUCCCUGGCACUCCUGUAACUUACUAUGGUGAAGAAAUAGGCAUGGAGAACAUUGCAUCAGAAAAUGCAACCCUCCCAGAGAAAUCCCCCAUGCAAUGGGAUGGAAAAGUUAAUGCUGGUUUUACAGAAGGCAACAGCAGCUGGUUACCUGUUAACUCCAACUACCAAAGUAUAAAUGUGGAAAUCCAGAGCACCUGGUCCAACUCAACCCUGAGUUUGUACAGAGCACUGACUUUGCUGCGGAACAAUGAGCUCCCCAUGAAUCGAGGGUGGAUGUGCUACAUCUGGAAUGACAGUAACGUGUUUGUGUUCGUGAGGGAGCUGGAUGGGUUAGACAGAGUCUUCAUGAUGGUGCUCAACUUCGGCCAGGAGGUGACAAUAGACCUGAGGGCCAUAGCUCCCAACCUUCCCUCUGAAGCUGUAAUAAGACUCAGUACUCAUUUUAGCAAUGCUGGUAAAGUGGUCAAUACCAAACUAAUUAAAACUGAAAUGGGAGAAGGCCUGGUCCUUGAAUAUAAAACAGCAAAGCCUGUUCAUACUAUGGAAGCUUUUCAAGGGAAGUGUUUUGUGGCAGAAAAAGCUUGUUAUUCCAAGGUCCUCAAUUUACUCUACAUGAACUGUUAAGUAGAGGAAUAGAAUACCUAUGCUUUAAUGUUAAUUUAGAAGAUACUAGUGUCUGGGAAAUGCUAAAAAUACUCAUUUUUCCUUGGCUUUUAAAAUUUUGUGUACAAAAUAAAUGUCCUGAAAAAAUCAGAUCGAUAA